CACUUUUCGUUUGAUCGCAUCUCUAUUCUGUCUCUACUAUCGUAUAUAUUCUCUUCUCUUCUCUUCUAUCCUACCGGCAUCCCUUUUUACUUCAUCCCACCCACCUACCCUUACAUACACAAUGGCACAAGAUCAUCCGCCCUCUUCCAGCUCAUCCGUCACGAACGUAUCUUUCGACGACAACGAGAAGCAUGCGGCCGAUCCAAGCUUUGUCAAGGUGAAGACUGCGACGAUGUUGAGCAGGGGGACGAGCUUGAUGAGCGGGCUGAAUUCCUGCCUGCGGACGAGGAGAAGCCCGCGCCUGCGAAGCCCGAUAACUCGACGCGAACAGCAGUCUUAUGGAUGGUGGUCAACACAUUAGCUACCAUUGGAAUUGUCUUCACGAACAAAGCCAUCUUCUCCGACCCUUCUCUGAAACUUGCCCAACUUACAUUCGCGGCCUUCCAUUUCUUCAUAACAUGGCUCACGCUUUUCACCCUCUCGCGACCUCGAUUCGCCAUGUUCGUACCAAGACGGGUCGCAAUCACGGAGAUUAUUCCGUUGGCAGUUGCUAUGGCUCUGAAUGUCAUCCUGCCCAACCUGUCACUCGCAUUCUCGACUGUGACCUUCUACCAAGUUGCGCGAAUUCUGCUCACGCCGACGGUCGCCCUCAUGAACUACGUCCUGUACAAAUCUACUCUGCCUAGAAUGGCUAUUUACGCAUUGAUUCCGGCUUGCGCCGGCGUAGGAAUGGUUUCAUAUUAUGAUUCCAAGCCAUCCGCAGAUGCCAAUGUCAAGACUACAAGCUCGCUGGGGGUCAUUUUUGCCUUUGCGGGUAUUUUUGCAAGCUCUUUGUACACGGUCUGGAUUUCUAGCUACCACAAGAAGCUCCAAAUGAACAGCAUGCAAUUGCUGUUCAACCAGGCUCCUCUAGCAGCUUUCAUGCUUCUCUAUGUUAUCCCUUUUGUCGAUACUUUCCCAGUCUGGACUGAAUUGCCAGUAAAUCGUUGGGUCAUGAUUGGAAUGUCCGGCUUCUUUGCCUGUAUUAUCAACAUGUCACAAUUCUUCAUCAUUGCACAGACCGGUCCAGUAUCCAGCACAGUAGUUGGUCACGUCAAGACGUGCACCAUCGUAGCGAUAGGUUGGAUUACAUCCGGACGUGCAGUUGGAGACAAAUCUGUUCUCGGAGUAUUUGUUGCUAUUGGCGGCAUAAUUGCAUACUCAGUGGUAAUGUUGAAACACAAGGCCCAGCAAGGAAAAUCAUGA